UAAGGGGUUAGACCCCUUUACAAUUUUCAAAAAAUCGAAAAUUUUUUUUUUGCUUUAAAAAAUAGUUUGAAGCCUCUAAAAUAACAUGCAAAAGGUCCGAAGUUAAAGUUCGAAUUAUUUCACGAGAUAUAGAGUCUACAACGGACUCCUGUACCUGCGCGUCAGCGCGUAACAAUAGACCGAGCGCGCCAGCAAUAGAAUGAGAUCGGCAGAUGAAAACAGGCUCAGUGCCCUUGAGGUCCCUAUGUGCCUAGAGUCCCCUCCACUACUUUCUAACGUAUUUUUCGACAGUUUAAAUCUCUACAGUCGUUAGUCAUACAUCGACGACGAAGCACGUGUACGAAAUGGAUCAGCAAAAAAGAAUUAAUCGAAAAGGUUCAAGAUCUAUAUUAGGACGUGCUAGCAGACCUAAAAAACGACCAACUCCGCCAAAUCGUCAUUCCUUUGGUGAAACGAGUUCUUCCGCGAAAAAACUAAAACAUUCUGACGAGGAAGUACCGAUAAGUGCGACGCAUGGAUAUCGAAUAAUUAGUUUUGUGGCGAUAUUUUCGAGUUUGAGCGAAAUGUUGAAAUGUAAAACAUGUAAUGGCAAUAUAAAUUUCUCUGAAUCGAAUAUUUGCGGACUUGGAUUUAAAUUGGUUGUAAAUUGUGACAAUUGUGAACCGCGGUAUAUAAAUUCGUGCCCGCUUAUUAAAAACGCGUAUGAAAUUAAUAGACGGAUUGUAUUUGUUAUGAGACUUCUCGGAAUUGGUUAUGAUGGAGUAAAAAAGUUUUGCGGUCUAAUGGACAUUUCAAAAAUGUUUACCAAAAAUGUAUAUUAUGACAUUUUAGAAAAUAUACAUAUCGCGUCGAAAGCUGUCACCUCUAUAUUAUUUUCUGAAGCUGCUUGUGAAGAAAAACUGUUAACAGCACAAGCAGAAAAUACAUCUGAACUGGCAGGAUUAUAUGUUUCUGGUGACGGAACAUGGAGAAAGCGAGGUUUUUCGUCCUUACAAGGUGUCGUGUCGCUAAUUGGUAUACAUUCUGGCAAAGUUUUAGACAUUAUCGUAAAAUCAUUAUAUUGCAAGGGUUGCGAAUAUGGAAAAAAAAUUGAGAAUACACAGGAAUUCGAAACGUGGGAGGAAUCACAUAAGGAUACGUGCUCAAUUACUCACGAAGGAAACGCGGGAAAAAUGGAAGUAGACGGAGCGGUAGAAAUGUUCGCAAGAUCUGAGGAAUUACAUGGCGUGAAAUAUACAUCAUACAUCGGCGACGGUGACUGUAAGACAUAUAAAGGAAUUGUUGAAUCUCGACCUUACGGAGAUGAUGUCUUGAUCAAUAAAAAAGAAUGUGUCGGUCACGUUCAAAAACGAAUGGGUGCACGGCUCCGUAAAGUAAAGAAAGACACGAAAGGAUUAGGAGGAAAAGGGAAAUUAACAGCUAAAUUGAUAGACGAAUUGAGCGUGUAUUAUGGAUUGGCUAUCAGGAGACAUAAGGAUUCAAAAGAAGAAAUGAAAACAGCAAUAUGGGCUACGCUUAAACACAAAUGUUCUACCGACAAUAAUCCGCAGCACGACAACUGUCCUCCUGGGCCAAAUAGUUGGUGCACCUGGCAAGUGGCCAAGGCGAACAAUAAACUAACAGAAUAUGUUCAUAAACCAGCUCUACAUCAAGAUGUCAUAAAAGCAAUCACCCCUAUCUAUGAAGAACUGAGCAGGGAUGAUUUGCUAGAGCGUUGUGUGGGUGGUUACACUCAAAAUAAUAACGAAAGCCUUAACGGAUUAAUUUGGUCCUUUGCUCCCAAAAAAUUAUUCAGUGGCUUAAAAACCGUGGAAAUAGCUACAAAUAUUGCCGCCAGCAUAUUCAAUAAAGGCUAUGCAAGCAUUAUUUUAAUGAUGAACAUAAUGCACAUUACUAUCGGUCCGAUUACAAAUAGCAUUUGUGAAACUCUGGACGAGAGACGGAUUUCGAUCGCCGAGGCGCGAAUGUUGCAAAUGUCUAAAGAAAGCCGAACUGCGCGCAGACAAGAAAGAAUGUCCAUUCAGGAUUCCCUGUGCGAGAAGAAGAAUUUAUAUUACGAAGCAGGAAUGGCAGAUUAGCGACAAGCCAAAAUGGCGGAAUUAGGUACACCAGUUGACCGCGCAAAAAAAAACACGUUUUAGUAAUAAAUUUAUAACUCCUAUAAUUAUUAAUAUUUUUAAUUGUAAUUUUAUAUCUUAUAUGUUUAUUGUAUACUUAGAUCAUAUGCCAAAUAGCAACUUCGUAGUUUUUAUAGUUCUCCGUUAAUCAACGUUCAAAAAACACCUAUUUUUUAAGCCCGUCAAGGGGGUCUAACCCCUUAA